AUGAUGCUCUCUGUGAUCUCCUUGCUCGUCUUCUUGUUUUUGCAAGCCACGGCUAUCGAAAUCACCAGUCCUGCUGCCAACUCGACCUUCGCAGCAGGGUCCACCGUCACCGUUGAAUGGACCAGCGUCGAUACUGAUCCCAACGAAUUCAGUCUCUAUCUCUGGAACUUUGUGUCUUGGCCUCCAUCCUAUGUUCCACUCGCCUUGAACGUCCCUACAUCGGACCUGUUUUACUCUGUCCAGAUUCCCUGCGACACCAAUCCCGAAUGGGGCUAUCAGAUUAGCGGCAUCAACGGCACCAACGUCUACAUCAUCUACGCACAAGGUGACAAAUUCACUGUGUCGGAGGCCGUCCAAGGCACUUCGUGUGUCGACUCUUCCCCUUUUCCAACGAUUUCCACCUGCACUAGCGCUGCGGCGUCUACCGUUUAUGUCACGGUGAGCCCUACCGGACCUAGCUCCCGUCAUUUCCAUCAUUCAUCCCACGUCCAUCUCCAUCCUUCUCCCAGCACCACCAGCACUUUCACCUCUGAGAAUGUAAAGCCCGGAAUUGUGCCUAAGACUAUUGGUUGGUGCUCAGACUAUUCCCACCCUGUGACAUUGGACAAAGUUCCCACCCCGACUCCGUCCGCGGCCAACAAUGAAGAUGCCUCUCCAGCGGUCACCCCGGCACCGGGUGAGAUCACUGGCACUGCUGGUAUUCGUGUUAAGACCAUCACUACUACUAGGAGCGUGGUGGUCUGUCCUAAUCCAAAUGGCAGUUAA